GACCGAUUCGGAAGAAGCUUUUUUAGUUCAGUUUACAUCUUUUCUAGACGAUUAAAUACAUUCCGAUCACUUUUACACCCACCUUCUGUUGCCAGGUGAACGAAACCGUGCGUUCGUGUGAGUCUGGUGCGGGCAGUUCAAGGGCAAUCAACGGUUUUCGCGUUUGAAGAUGUGUUUUACCGCAGGGCUUGAGGUCGUUGGUUGAUGCGACUGCGCCGGAACAGCCUUCCAAAUGGACAUCGGACCGGGCAUAUCGUUGUUCACCGAUGCCGGCAGCAUCCAUCUCGAUCGCAAGGAAGAGGAAGAGCUGCGUGCCGAAGAAGAGGAAGAGCUGCGGGAUCAAGAGCGGCGGAAAGCACAGUUGGCCAACGAGCUGGAAGGUGCCUUCGAUGAUCUGAACUGCGACGACGAUACGCUUAACUCGCUGACCUACCAGUCGAACUACACCGAGGAUGAUGAGGAGGAUGACGAUGAACCUAGACCACCGGCUGGUGGAAUUCAAGGGCAGGGUAACCAUUACCAGCAGGCUCGCUUACCACCGCCAGUGUCCAGUCCCCGGACAGCAGCAGCAGCACCACCACCACGGGCACCGGCAGUGUCCCAAGACUCCAUCGGUGGUAGUGGUGUACGGGAGUUGCGGUUGUUGCUAGAAGCGAAGACGCGCGAGCUACAGAAUCUGGCACAAGCCAAAUACGAAAAGGAGCACGCUCACGAUCAGCAGCUGAGCGAGUUGCACAAGCAGCUUCUGCUCGAGCAGGCCGAGAAAGAUCGGGCCAUUAUGACGCGCGACCAAUCGCGCGAACUGCUAGUGAAGAGCAAAACGCAGAUCUCCGACCUAGAAGAUGCAAACGAGAAGCUGCGGUCAAAGGUCAGGGAGCUGGAGGAUCGGAAUGUGGCGCUGGUGGCCGAGCUGGAGCAGAAGAAUACCAUGCUGCAGGACAGCUUGCACCGGUAUCAAAUGUUGGAGCAAAAUUCGACCCAAAAAGCCGAUCGCCACACGGACGCAAUGGUGAGGGAGAUGGAGGAGCGCCACGGAGCGAAGGUUGCUAUGAUGCAACAGCAGAUCGACAACCUGCGGAGUCAGCUGGAAGACAAGCGGCAAGAGUGCCGACGGUUCGAGGCACGCUAUGCCGAGCUCCAGAAAUCCCGCGAAGCCCUGCUGAUCGAGAAGACCGAAACGGUGCAACGGUUACAGGACCAGCUCGAAGACUCGCAGCGCCAGUGUGGCAACCUGCUAUCGAAAUCCAAGGGCCAAGGUGAUUUCGAGCAGGAACGAUCGCGAAUGCGCAGCCGCAUUGGAGUGCUUGAAGCCGAGCAUACCGGUAUGCGCCAGACCAUUGCCGAUCUGACGAACCAGCUGGAGAAAACACAGGCCGAGCUCGAGCUAAUGGACAGUUUGGUCCACAGCGGUGGUACGCCGGCGAAGGAACAUCCCGAUGUUGGUACGGCCACACUGAACGGUGAUACGAAUGCGGAAGACGGUGGUAAACUGCCCCACAACCACCUGCAGGGUGGCGACAUGACGAGCUAUGCUUUCACGCACCGCAAUCUCAUCGGCAGUACGCCGAACAAUCAUCAGCAAACCGGCGGUCCUAAAUCAGCACCCGAAGUACGGCUGGCACGUCUCAAGAACGAGCUGCUCGUAUGUAUGACGGGUCAGAAGGAAAAGCGAGAAACGAUUCAACAGCUGGAGGCCAAUCUGAAGGCCCGCGAUCGGGAACUGGAGCAGCUUAAGAAGGACGAAAGCGAAGCGCUAGUACAGAUGAACCAGUACAAGGAGGAAGCGUUCCGGUUAGGCUCCAAGUGUCGCAUAUUGGAACAGGAACUGGAGAAACUAGUAGCGAAGCAGGGCAAUGGGAAGGGCACUGCGGGGACUCCAAGCGGUAGUAACAAUCGUCGCUCGAGCUACGAUCUACGUCAGGAAGCACUCGAAGAUCGCAUCUUCACCCUGCAGCAGACGAAGCUAGAGGCGGAGGAACAGAUCGAACAGCUGCAGAAGGAGAACGAGCGGUUAACGGAGCGGGUCCACAAGCUGAGCACUGAAUCGAACUCCUGUGCCGAGCUGAGGCUCGAGGUGGAAAAGCAAAAGUUUCUGCUCGCCGAUGCCCAGGAUGAAUGCGAUCGAUUGAAACGACUUUACGUGGAGGUUAGUGGAGCACGGGAUGAAAUCAAUCAAGAGUUGGCCACAUUACGAUCACAAGAUUCGGCCAAGGAGAUUGCCGCGCUCCAGGAACAGAUCGUUUCGCUCGAGCGUACCCUUAAGCUAACUGAGCUGAAGUCCAACGAGCUGGCCAAGCUGUUGGACAAGGAGAAAACGAGUCACGAGGCGUUGUUAAAGCAGCUCACUACAGCUGGUGGCGGUGGCGAUGGUCAGCGAUACCACACACCGACCAGGGAAUCGAAAAACGUGGCCAACACCUGCACCAAGUGCAUCGAUGGGUUGGCACAGAUCACGAAGCUCGAGAUUGAGAAUAUUAAACUCCAGUCCACCUGCACGGCACAGCUGCGUGAGAUCGCUGAACUGCGCGCUCAGCUGGAUGAUCAGCAGGCAACGAUCACCGAGUUGCACGAGCGGCUCGACCUGAAGGCGAUACGCGAUCAGGAGCUAGAUGAUCUCAAGGAAAAGGCUGCCCAAUUCCAUGAGUUCAUGCGCAGCCAGCAGCAUCAGCAACAUCAGCGAUCAGCAUCAUCUCCACCCAAUCCGCAGCUCGUGGACAGUGGCACCUCACCCGUGCGGAUAGCAUCACGCGAUCAAAGUGUCGGACCGGAUGAACUGCUGGAGCAUGAGGAUGAGACGGAGAGCGAGCAGGAACUCGAAGCGAAACGAAGGCAACAGAUGCGCGAACAGGAACAGCAGGUCCGGGAAGAGAUGGCCCGUGCAUUCGCCGCUCAGAUCAAGCAGAUCGAACAAAAGUUCCGCACGCAGUUCGCCAGUUUCGAGAGUAAUAUCGCGUCGCUCAAGCAGCAGCUACACGAACGCGAAUCGGAGCUGCAGGUGCGCAACCAGGAGGUCGAGGUGCUAAAGUGUGCCAUCGUGACCGAGCGGGAAAAGGUGGGCGAAAUGUUACGGCGCAAAGAUGCGGACGCUCGGUCGCUCUUCGACAAACAGCAGGAGCUGUUGGGCAAAUACAAGGCCGAACUGGCCAACGGGCAGCGGAAGGUGCAAUUUCUCGAGCAUGAGCUGCAGGAAAAGCGCGAUCUGAUCCAGUCCGAACGACAAUCGAUGGAGAAGCUGAUGGCCCAGAUUGCGACCGAGCGGACGACGCACCGGGAACGCGAACAGGAGAUGAUCGACAAGUGUACCGAGCUGGAGGCCGAGUACCGCAAGAGUCUCGAUCUGGUGACCGACAAGUACCAGUCAGCGAAGAAGACGGCUCUCAACUACAAAAAAUAUGCCGAAGACAAAGAGCAACACAUGCUGAAGGAAUACGAUCGAAUCAAGGAAGGAUACAAUGCGGCUCUGGUGAAGGUACAGAAUCGCAUGAAGGAAGCGCUGGAUAGCAAGGAGCGUGCAUUGCGGGAGAAGAUGGCGAAACUAGAGGCCGAGUACGCGGCUAAGCACGCGGUACGAACGGAACAGAAAUUCUAGCCCUAUGGAGACCU